GUUGAAUGAAUGUUAAUUAUGACCAAUGUAAGAGUGAUGAUUACAGAGAGUCCAAACAUAAAAACCGAUAGGACAAAACAGGACAACUUAUUUGGUCACGUGUUUAUGACAGAAUCCUCUGGAAGACUAUAACUACUAAAGUUGGUGUAGGUGAGUAAAUGUGUAUUGUCUUUGUGUUUGUGAGACGUAGAGGUGGCAAUUCUUAAUCCAAUCCACCAAUCCAUUAAAAAUAUCCACCUAAUCCAAUCCAUUUAAUCCAAAUCCAAUUGGAUUGGUAGAUUCAUGGAUCAAUCCAUGGAUCCAAAUGGCAAAUUACGAUUUGGUACCUAUACUUUUUAUAUUUUACAUUUUGGUACCUAAAAUUUAAUUUUUUAUACGAAAAUCUUAUUGGAAAAUUACGUUUUGGUACCUAAAAUUUUUCAUUACGACAUUUUAGUACCUAAACUUUUCACAUUUUACAUAUUGGUCCAAGAUUAAGGAUGUCAUUUGGAUUCAUGGAUAAUCCACCAAUCCACUUGAUCCAAUCCAUGAAUCCACCAAUCCAUUUGAUCCAUGAAUCCACCAAUCCAAUCCACAAAUCCAUGGAUCGAUCCAUUUGCCACCUCUAGUGAGACGAGAACAUCUCUAAGUACAGACUACAAAGUGAACUGGGGGAGCACUAUAAUGUGCGGUGUCUAAUGAACAAGCUAAACGAAAUCCAAAUAACAACGAAAAGACAAGACACCCUAUUUAGGUGGUAGUUCCAAUUACUGAUCUUAUUCAGUUUAAUUCGACUCUUGUUCUCGUUACCUUUAUCACCGUACAUCCUUUGUGUGACAGGACCAAAACGCGAUCAUUAAGGUCCUCAAUAUGACCUUCUAAUACGAAUCAUUGGAUGAAACAUGGGCCAAAUAGGUAUAGGAUCAAACACCAACCGCUCUAACAUUAUGUUGCUCAAAUUUUAAAAGUGGUGUUUAGAGCAUAUAUGAUUAUAUGGUACAAAACUAAACAAUGAUGUUUUAUGAUUAUAUGGUACAAAAUUAGCUAAGGUUUUUUUUUUUGGUACUGAUAUUGAAAAAAUUGAAGAUGACAACAUCUACCACUCUAGAUUUGUAACUUGUGACCUGGACUCGAACCAUUCAAAAAAUCCUACGGGUGGAUUAUCGAGCGAGCUGCCAAAGUUUUAUAAUGGGCUGGGCCUCUGACAAAAAUAUGGCUGGACCUAGCCAUAGACGAAUCAAUUGCAAAGCCCAAGGCCAUCCUCCGCAAUUAUUAACGAUCGUUGGGAGUUUUAAUUAAAUUCUAUUUAAACGCUCGCUGUUUGAGAUUAAUUUCCCAAUUAUUAUAGCGAGGAGCAAAUUUGCCAAGUGAGACCGCUCGUAAUUUAACAUUUAUCACAACUCCCACGUGGAAAAUUACAAACCACACCCCAAAAUGUUCGCUACCCCACCACUUGGUCCCUGUCUCUCAUAUUAUCCACAUCUUCCUCUCCGCUCCUCCACAAAUCUCAAAACCAACCCACUCACCGCCAAAAGAGAUUUGAGAGAAUCUCUCCGCCGUCGGCGAAGCCACAACAACGGCGGCGCUUCUCCAUCUUCAAUCUGUCUAAUUAGCCGCCGAAUCCGAUUCCUCCACUUCAUUCCUUUCCUAAAAUGGCUCUACUCCAGCUCAUUUCCACUCACCAACCAUGCUUAAACCUCAACUCCGCCGCCGUCACCGCUUCCCUUUGCCCUAAUUCCAAUUUCCCUUCCAAUUCGCCUCCGUUCCUCCACUUCUGCAACAACCAGCGGCGCCGGGGGAGGGCGAAUUCGUUGAGAUGCUCAUCCUCCUCGUCCUCCUCCGAGAAGAGCCACACGAGCCAGCCGAGACCCGACGACGUCGUCGAGCUGCCGCUCUUCCCUCUCCCACUGGUUCUGUUCCCCGGUGCGAUUCUGCCUCUCCAGAUCUUCGAGUUCCGCUACCGCAUCAUGAUGCACACGCUGCUCGAGUCCGACCUCCGAUUCGGCGUCAUCUACUCCGACCCCGCCACCGGCACGGCGGAGGUCGGUUGCGUCGGCGAAAUCGUGAAGCACGAGCGCCUCGCCGACGACCGGUUCUUCCUCAUCUGCAAAGGCCAGGAGAGAUUCCGCGUCGCCAAGGUGGUCCGCACGAAGCCGUACCUGGUCGCCGGCGUGCGGUGGCUGGAGGACCGCCCGUCCGGCGAUGAGGACGUCGAGGCUCUGGCCUCGGAGGUGGAGGCGUACAUGAAGGACGUGAUUCGGCUCUCCAAUCGGCUCAACGGGAAGCCGGAGAAGAAGGAGGCGCAGGACUUGCGGCGGAAUUUGUUCCCGACCCCGUUCUCGUUCUUCGUCGGGAGCACGUUUGAAGGGGCGCCGAGGGAGCAGCAGGCGCUGCUGGAGUUGGAAGACACGGCGGCGAGGUUGAAGCGGGAGAAGGAGACUUUGAGGAAUACCCUAAAUUACUUGACCGCCGCUUCUGCAGUAAAAGAUGUGUUUCCUUCGGCCUGAAAUCCAGAUUGCUCGAGGAGGAAAUGCUCUUAUAUGGGAUUCGAAUUGCAGGUAUACAGGGGCAACAAUUGUGUAACCCAAAAGGUGAAAUUUUGGCCGCCGUUCUUAGUGUGAUAGAUGUCGCAAUUGUUGCACACUGUUUAUAGACUGGAUAAGUUUGCACAUAAAUGAAGAAAAAGCUUAGCUUCAAACUCCAUUAUUAGUACUCUGUGUGCUCUUGCUUCCUGGUGGCUUGAAUCUGCUUGUAUUUUGGUGAGGGGGAUGAAGAAAGAUGAACUGGGUUCUGGUUAAAUUUUGAAGCUUGGUUCUAUCUGAUACUCUGAAUAUGGCGCAUGAUCCGUGUGUUGUUCUCAUCUCCUAACAUUUGUUACUCGAGCUUCUCAGCAGAGUUACAGUUUGCAAGAAAUAAAAACAUAAACUCUAAAAGCUUCUCUAUCCAUACCAAUAAAACAAGCAGCAGCAGUGUUUUUGGUUUGCCCUCCAUCUGAUGAUGUGCAGCAGCAUCAAUAUUGAGCUUUCCAUCAAUCACGAACAUGCUAAAUUCUAGCUCAAUCCUCAGUCCAACUCUUGGCCAUUACCUGAUCACUUUGUUUGCACACAUACCAGCUUGCAAUCAGCUAACCAAACUGCAGAUACUAAUGGUGCAAUGUCCUCCCGAAUAUUGUUUUCAAUCUUCACGAUCACGAAUCUGAUAUCUUUACCCAUUGUUCUUGAAUUGAGCUUUCAGAUCUCUUGCCAUCAAAACGCCCAAGAAGAAGACAUAGACAAGUCUUGAAAGACAUCCUAGCCUCAACUUGGUAUUCCUCAUAUUACAGCAUUAGCUCAUCCCAUUGUUGUGGCAAUCUACCCUUCUACCAUUUAGCUCCUUCAGCAGCACCAAACAUCUGCAAUGUUACUGUUCUGCCGAGAGUUGAUUGCAUCUGCUCUGUGUACUAUCCAACACCAUGUCAAUGUCAUCACUGGUGCACUUCUUCCAUUCUUCUAUUAGAUUCCUGAGGUGGCAGUAGUCUUGAUUUCAGCAUGGCAAUCCAUUCAUCAGCCAUUACGUGAUCCACUUUGCCCACGUAAACAAGCCAGUUAAACAAAGUCUGCUCCCUCUU